ACAUUCACCACACGUCUCUCUCUCUCCUCUUCCGGUUUCUAAUAUCUACGGUCCAGAAAUACGUCCUUUUGCCUUCAGACUCUUAACAUCAUAAUCUCUCCCUUCCCGACUGUUCCUCGAUUUUACGGUCUGCAUAUAGAGAAAAAGAUUAGAUAAGAAGAUCGCAUGAGCAUGAUGGAAGGUUCUCCCACCACCAUAGCUCCCCUACUCCUCCGAAACCUAUUAACCUCCAUUUUUAUCCACGCCGAUAAUUCCCUUCUAAGCUUAUCCCAGAAAUACAAACCUCUCCAAGUUAUUCGCUAUACUCUAUUCUCUUCCUUUCUUUUCCUUUCACGUAUUCUUCCCUCUUUCUUUCCUUCUCUCAAUCCUUUUAAUCUCGAAGACCCUUUUCAUAAACCCACCAAAAAAACUGAUAACUACGUGCCCGCUUCUGGUGCCGGCGAUUCCGGUAUCGCUCGAGCACUUUCGCAGCUUUUGUCCCUUGUUAAUGAAAUCCCCGUCAGCUCUAGGAAGUAUGAAGUUGUUCGGUCUUUAGCGGAGAGGCUCAUUGACGAGAACAACAGGGAGGGUCUCGAGGCUUUGCGGGAGGUCAACCGUACGGCUCUUUCGUCUGCUUUUGCGAGGACUCUUGGACAGCUCGAAGCCGCCUUGGUUGACGGAGGGCAGGAGCGGGCCGGCAGCGAUGGCGGUUCGAUGUCCGGACGGGUUGAGCACCGGGUGAGCCGCGUUUUAAGGGCGGUUCGUGUUCUUGGGAAUGUGGUGAGAAGCCGAGCUGGAAGGUCGACGGAGGAGAUGAGCGGGUCGGACACUUCGGCCGAGAAGCUGGCGGCUGAGCUGCUAUGGUUGGCUCAGAAGUUGGCAGCUUGUGGGUGCGCGGAAGAAGCUGUUCGGAGAUGGGCAAGUGCUCCUAAUUUGGCUUGGCUGGCUCUAUGGGCUGAGCCGCGGCUGCAGGGUUCCCUCGUCAAGAUAUCAGCAUUCUUGUUCGAGCAAGUCAAAGAUCUGGAAGUGGACGAAACUGAAGAAGUCAAGAAGGAGCAGCAAAGGCAGACAAAGAUGAUGAUGCUGAUGUCGUGGCUACCACUGCUAUGUAGAGCAAGCAAUGGCACGGAUGUCCCUGUUCUGAGCAUCCGCGAAAGAGCCGAACUGGAGAUUGUGUUGGAGGAGACCAUAGAGCUUUUGGAGCAGCAGGAGCAGGAGCAGGUUUUCUCUCUGUGGCUCCACCACUUCACGCGUUGCCCCUCCUCCGACUGGCCAAACCUCCAUGCCUCCUAUACUCGCUGGUGCAAUGCUUCUCGAAGGCUCCUUGUCAUCCAAUGAAAUUAACGGCAUAAAGUAAAUAUAUAUAUAUAUAUAUAUAUAUAUGCUCAAGAGACGACAUAAUUAAUUAUAUUGUUAAUUUGCCGAGUAUUUUUAUUAUUUCUUAAUUUAAGUACUGGUAAUUAAAUUGAAUGUACAGCUAUUUAAUUAAGGCUAUGUACAGGACUAUGUUAUUACG